UUUCUUUCUGUUGAGACUCCUAUCUUAACACUUAUGAGUAAUUUAAGAUUGGUUUUGGGUGUUUUGUUUGUUUGUUUAAGAAUUUCACUUCCUUUGAAGAUAACAAAGUGUAUUUUUUCAAAGAUAAAAAGGCGUACUCAAACUUUGUAGGUUGUAUUCAUAAUUACUUUGCUUAUCAUUGUAUAAUGAAUGUUCUCAUCAUCAUGGACUCCUUUAAGCUAAUCAACUGGAUUUUGAAAGUCUCAUGUGCAAAUGAAUCUGGAAAAAACAAAGGCUGCAAAAUUCAGCUUCAUUCCACCAUGUCCAAAGCAUUCCUGCUGCUGUGUAUUGCCCUGGUGCUACUUGGGCCUGUGCACGGAGCCAUGUUGAGAAACACAGAGAAAUGGAAGCCACUCAACAACCCCAGAAACAGAGAUCUGCUUUUCAGAACUCUUCAGGAAUAUUUUAAGGAAAGAGGUCUUGAUCUUGAAAGGUUUCCAAAUAUAUUUUCCAUGAACAAGAAUCCCAGACCUCUCUCUUUCCAAUCAGAACUUAUUGCUUCUGCAUUUGCAGAUUAUGAAGAGCAGAAAAACUCCUUUCCCAAUUACCUCAAAGGCUGAAUGUUUCUUCUGCGAGCAGAUGUCUAUUUUAAAACUACAGAUGAAGCUUCUUAUUAGAAAAAUUCAAUCAUGGUCAUGGCUAAUCUUUUUCCCCCUCCACGUUUGUCAAUUUGUAAUGAAUUUAUUCUACAUUUCCAAGU